AUGCAGAGAAGAGGAAAUAUAAGACCAAAGAAACAAAUACAUCACGAGGCAUCUUCUGACCGACGGUUAGCCUCGGGUUUCAAGUCGGAUCAGUUUUUAAAGAGUAAUAAUAGGAGAAGAAUCACAGAUCCAAAGCUUUUAAACAAGGUGAAAAAUAUACUUGACAGCACAAAUGGAAACAGCUUAGAAACGACAUCGAAAAAGAAAGAGAAGGCUAUGGAGAGAAUCGAUCCAAAAACAGGAAAAAUAUGGUAUGAUCGGACAUUGGCGGAUUGGAAUCCAUCUCAUUUUCGCUUGUUUGUUGGAAACAUAGGGGAAGAUGUUACGGAAAAGCUUCUAGUGGAAACAUUUAUCAAAUACGGGUCUCUUUCUAAAGUUAAGAUACCGAGAGUUUAUAGGCAGGGCGAAGAAGUAAAUAAAGGAUACGCAUUUAUAUCGUUUGCUAAUCCCGAUGAUUAUCUACGAUGCUACAAAGAAAUGAACGGAAAAUAUGUAGGGAACAAGCCAAUAGUUUUGCAGAGAGCCAAAACUGAACUGGGAGAGGUUGUUACUGGACACAGAAAAGGCAAUAAAGAAAUAUUCGUUAAGGGAAAGAAGCACAAAAAUCACAGGGGGCAUAAGAAGGACAAGAAGAAACUUUUGGUUUAG